UUCAUUUAAUUGAGGUGAAAGAUCACAUCUGUAAUCGUAAAUUGAUACUAUUUGUUUAGUCAUUGGAUUAUUUCCAGUAAUCGUCACCCCUCUGGGAUGACAAAUGAUCAUGUACUACUGUUCUUAUUUACACGAGAUUAGAAACUGUUUUUAUUCUCUGCAUUUUCUCCGUCCGUUGGAAAAACUGAUUUUUAAUUGCUGAUACAUAAUAGAGAUACACGAUCUCCUUGAGAUUUUUCUCUCGUGCUUAGAUCGAGUAACGAGGAAAAGAUCACUUGUACAAUCAGUAGUAAUAGUGCAAUUGGAAGUGAAGCAUUUACUAUCGUGACUUUCUUGUGAAUUGAGAAAUGUUGCACAUUUUGGUGAUAUUCUUUGCGAUCUUAGCGAUUUCAACGAUCCUCCUGGAAAUAUUCUUCCGGAGUCUACCCUCAUAUACAGCAACAAUUGGAGUUGGAGGACCAUAUCCUAAGCCUUUCUGGCAGGGUGUAAAAUUUGCACUAACUCUCAAUCGAGUGAGUAUUUUUACGUUAUUUCGGACGUAUGCAGAAACAUUUCAGAAAUCCUAUGCAUUCUUCGGAUUCGGGCGAAUCUAUUUGCACAUUAUAAAAGCUGAAGAUAUGGAAAACAUUCUCAAUUCCUCGAAACAUGCCAAGAAAAGCUUCAUGUACAAUUUUCUUGUUCCAUUCCUUGGAGAUGGAUUGCUAAUCAGUGGAGGAACAAAAUGGUCUCAAAGGCGGAGAAUUCUUACACCAGCUUUUCAUUUUAAUAUUCUUCAGCAAUUUCUCAAGAUCUUCCAGGAGGAAAGUAUAAACCUUUCUCAAAAACUAUUGAAAUUGGAUCCUGAAGAUCGAGGAAUUGUAAAUCUUCCUCCUUUAACUUCUCGUCAUACCCUUGAUACGAUUUGUGAGACCGCGAUGGGAGUUAAGUUGGACUCUCUGGAAGAACCAGAUGCCUAUCGCAAUAAUAUCUACAGCAUUGGUAGAUUGUUGGUUGAUAGAAGUCUUCAGCCCUGGCUGGCCAAUGACUUUAUUUUCAAGGUUCUGGGGUAUAAGGAGAAAUUAGAUAAAUGCCUUACUCCUAUCCAUUCCUUCACGAGGAAGAUCAUUCAACAGAGACGCUAUGAGUUUCAUGAGGAGGACAUUGUCCCAGUGGCUAGUACAAGUGAAGAUAUCUAUGGUGGGAAGAAGCAGAGAUAUGCCAUGCUUGAUACACUCUUGACGGCUGAAAGGAACAAUUUGAUUGACGUUGAGGGAAUUCGGGAGGAAGUGGAUACUUUUACUUUUGAAGGACAUGAUACUACAGCUUCAGGGAUAACUAUGAUCCUGUUUUGCCUUGCGCAAAAUCCCGAUAUUCAAGAAAAGGUUUAUGAGGAAAUAAAAUCCAUCCGACAGGAGAAGAAUGGAGCUCCUCUCGAGAUUGCUGACUACAGUAAUUUGGUUUACACAGAUCGUGUGAUUAAGGAAUGUCUUAGAAUGUAUCCACCAGUUCCAUUUAUCUCGAGAGAAUUGACAGAAACACAAGAAGUCAAUGGAUAUCCUGUGCCGACUGGAACAAUUGUUGCCCUUCACAUUUUCGAUCUCCAUCGGGAUCCUCAGUAUUUCCCAGAUCCUGAACGCUUCGAUCCUGAUAGAUUCCUGCCAGAGCAAGUAGAAAAGCGUCAUCCUUUCGCUUACCUACCUUUCUCUGCUGGUCCACGCAAUUGCAUUGGGCAGAAGUUUGCUCUGCUGGAGAUUAAAACUGUGAUCGAGAGUAUCCUUAUCAAUUUCCAUCUCUCGCCCAUUACUCGACGGGAGGAUCUUGUCUUUGUUACUGAUCUUGUGCUCAGAACAGCCGAUCCCAUAAAAAUCAAAUUCACAAGAAGAACUUAGAACCAAAAGCAAUCUUGCGAAUUGUAACUUGAAUGCAAUAUAGGAAAAUCAAUAAAACUGCAAAAUGAAA